AUGGUCAGUUUGGCGCCGGAGUCCUCUUGUGCAGUCGCUGCCGGCAUAUCUGAGUUAUCCAGUGAUCUGGUUUCAUCUGGCCCAGGACAAUCCCUUGCCAACACCGCUAGUCUCGGUCGCCUUUUGCUGCCUUGUCUUGACCUCAUCAACUUAGUGAGGUUGGGUGCUGACGUUCGGGUUUCAGGACGAGUGAGCGCCGUAAGACGCGAUGUGUUUACACGUUCGGUUAGUUCAGCACUAAUUAAAUCUUUCAUAGCCAUCUCAAAGCGAUAUAGUGCCCAUGCAUUUUGA